CGCGCUGAGAGGAGGCGGGGAGCUCUCUGCGACCAUGAAGCGCGCGGCGGCGCUUCGCGUUCUCGGCGUAGCCGAUGACUUAGACUCGAACGCCGUGCGGCAGGCGUACAGGAAACUCGCGCUGAAGCACCACCCCGACAAGAACCCGGGCGACGCGGAGUCGGAGAAGAAGUUCAAAGAGGUCGUCAGCGCGUACGAGUGCCUCACGCGCGAGGACGGCGAAGACGGCGUAGACGAGAUAUUCGAGUCCGCGGAGGACAUGAGAGACUUCGCCGCGAGCUUCUUCGAGAGCUUCUUCUUCGGCGGCGGCUUCUCCGGCUUCCGCGGCGGCAAAGGCCCGUUCGGCGGCAAAGGCCCGUUCGGCGGCGGGCGAGGACCGCCGCACCGCGGGGACGACCACGACGACUACACGGACGACGACGAAGAUUACACCGACGACGACGACGACGAUUUGGGGUACUCGGACCUGCACCACUUCUUCUCGCACCCGCCCCCGGGCGGGUGGGGCGGGAAAGGCGGCGGCGGCGGGUGGUUCGGCGGCGGCGGCGGCGGCGGCGGCGGCGGCGGCGGCGGCGGCGGCGGCGGGAACGCGGGAGGACGCACGGACGACGAACUCUUCGAACACCUCGAAGAGAUGCGGAAAGAAGCCGCGCGAUACGCCGCCGAACUCGCGAAGCAAGAGGACGAGGAGCGACGCGCGAAAGCGCCGCUGGAGAAGCUCCAACGACCGACGUUAGUGUCGCGGACGGACACGUCCGUGACGCUGAACUUGUACCGCAGCAAGAACACGACGCAGACGCUGCCGAAGGAUCGGUGUUGGGAGCUGAGUCUGAAGCGCGAAAAAGGCGAUCACAACUACACGGUGUUCACGUCCGUGAAAGGGCGCACGAUCGUCACGGUGUCGGACCUUUCACCGGGGACGAGGUACUGCUUCAAAGCGAGAGUCGGCCGCGUCGAAGGAUCCGACGGCGAGGUCACGGAGUGGGGGCCGCACUCCGUGGAGUCCGCGUACGCGACGAGCGGUAAGCCGGUUCCGGAGAAGAAAUCUUCCGACGCCGCGUCGGACGCGACCGACGGCGCGGCCGGGUCGAGUUUGAACGGGCAAGCCCCGGGCGGCGGUCUCAGCAAGAAAGCGAAGAAGCGCGCGGCGAAGGAGAAGGCUGCCGCCGCCGCGAAUGAGAGCGAGCGCGACGGCGUCGACGCCGUGGACGCGACGCAGCUCGAGCGCCAAGCGGCGUUGCGUCGCGCCGCGGAGGCGGCGGCGGAGCGCGAGAUGCAGGAGCUCGAGGAGAUGAAGCAGAAGCUCGAGUCGAAGAAAGAGAAAGAGAAGAAGACCAAGGCGGCGAGCGCGGGCGCGGGCGCGGGCGCGGGCGCGGGCGGCGACGCGAACGCGGACGGCGGCGGCGGCGGCGGCGGCGGCGAGGGCGGGCUGUCGAAGAAGGCGGCGCAGCGGAAGAAGAAGAAGGAAAAGGCGCGCGCGGAGGAGCUCGCCGCGGCCGCGGAACGCCUCGGCAUCGACCGACCACCGUUGGACCCGUCCACGAUGACGGACGAGGAGUACGCGCGACGGCUGCAAGCGGAGUACGGCGGGUACAGCGGCGACGAAGCGCUCGCGGCGCGUCUCCAACAAGAAGAGGACCGGUACAAGACGCAAGUCACCGGCCGAGCGCCGCCGCCGACGAGCGCGCCGGCCGGCGCGAGCGAACCUCCUCUCUGGGCCGCCGCGCCCGCGAUGCCGACGCCCAAGGGCGGCGCCCGCGCGGGCGUCGCGCCGCCGCCCGGGUCCGCGGGGUAUCAGCACGCGCCGGCGACGACGAGGCACCGCCAAAACGGCGUCGGCGCGCCGCCGGCGCCGCCCGGGCAACCGCCGCUCCCGCAGGGGAUCCCUCCGCCGCGCGGGAACGGGAGCGGCCACGCGCCGCUUCCCCCGGGCGGGUUUCCGCCGCCGGGCGCGGGGCGCAUCCCCGCGCCGCGCGAAUCGCCGCCGUCGGGGCACGCGUACGGGUUCGCGCAGGGCCCGCCGCCGCCGCCUCCGGGGGCGCCGCCGUUGCCUCCCGGUCGUCCGCCGCUCCCGGGGGGCGCGUCGCGCGCUUCUCGCGCGCAGCCGCCGCUGCCUCCUGGGCCGCCGCCGCCGCCGCCGGGUCCUCCUCCCGGGGUAUCGCGCGCGGCGGACUGGGGCGGCGGCGGCGGCGGUGGCGUCGCGGCGCAGCCGCCGUCGUGGCAAGCCUCCGCCGCCGCCGCCGACCCGUGGACGCCGCUCAACGUCAACCUCGGCGGCGGCGGCGUCGGCAGCGGCCACUCCAGCGGCGUGUUCGAACUUCCCACGGACGACGACUUCGUCGGCGCGGUGAGGGACCACAACGACGAGCGACCGACGCAGCACAUCGUGCGCGGGAGCUCCGCCGGCGGGUUCAACGUCGGCUCCCCGACGGAACCGGGUGGAUUUUUCGGCUCGAACACGUGGGCGACCGGCUCGAACGCGUCCUCAGGCGGCGGCGGCGGCGGCGGCGCGCAGUGGGGGUCUCCCGGGACCGAGUCCGCGUGGUCCGCGGCCGCGGCCGCGUCAGGAGGCGGCGGCGGCGGCGGCGGGAUGAGCAGCGGGAACCCGUCGACGUGGGCGGAGGCGCAAGCGUCGCUCGCCGGCGGCGGCGGCGGCGGCGUCCACCCGAACCCGUACGGCGGGAGCCCCGGCACCGGCGCGGGCGCGUUCGGCGGCGCGACGUUCGGCGCCAUCCCAGGGUCCGCGUCGGGCGCGUUCGGCGCGGGCGCGAGCACGUGGGGCGGCGGCCUCGGCGCGGGCGAGACCGGCGGCCGCGCCGGCUUGGGCGGCGUCGCGCUCGAGGACGACGGCGGGAUGUUCUCUUUCCUCGAGGAGGGGAAGUAA